AUGACGAGUACGGUGAAAUGUACUAAGUGUAAUAUCGUUAUCGACGAAAUGUUAUCGUAUAUACAGAACAAGAUUUCUGUAAUGGGCGAAGAAAGUCUAGUGCGCCUAUGCACUACAUCGUUCACGAGUGAUGAAAUUCAAACAUCAAAGACGUUACUGUUUGAAUCACUACCGAAUACUAGACGAAACGUUCAACGAAAGGGUGACGGAAAGGCUCAGCGUGAAAUAAAUGACAUUAUCCAGCUUUUUAAAACAACGGAUCCCGACCAGAUACCUAUAUUCGUGGCACGGAAUUUAGAAAAACUUCCACCGCUAACCUUUGACCACCUGGAUUGUACAAAGUUGCUCAAAGAUCUGGUGCGAUUACAAACCGAUUUGGAGACCGUCAAAGAGACCUAUGCUACGUCAAAAGAUCUAGAAGAAUUAAGAAAUGACAUGCAAAAAAUAAGCAGUGUAGGCCCGCCUGCACGUUUGUCGAUGAUGUCUAGUUGUAAUGUAAACAAUAGGCGAGGGGCCUGGUGUAUGAAUAGUGGCCCGCACGGACUAACUAAUGCACAUGACUCGACGAGGAGGGAUAGUGAUGGCUCUGUUAAGUAUGACACUCUGUCUCCUAUUCGAACAAACGACGAAAUGCAAUGCAAGUCAGUCGUAAAUGAGGGUAAAAAUAGUAACUGCACAGCGCAGAGUGAUGAUAAUAUGCGGUUGGUAACUAGCACAGCGAACGAGAUGAGUCAUCGCAAUGAACAGCUGACCGAUCAGCCGGUCGGGCCCGCGCCGGCCGGUAUUGAGGCGCUUAUGGAUGAAAAAUUAAAAUUAAAUAGCGAGCAUAAUCAAAAUGCUAUUUUACAUUCGGGUGAAGAGGAAUGGAAAGAGGUGAAGUACAAAAAAGACAAGCGUAAAUAUCGCUAUAGAGGCCAGUUUGGCAUAGCAAACGAGUUAAAUCAGAAAUUUAAAGCUGCGGAGCGUAAUAUUCCAAUGUUUAUCUCGAAUAUUCAUAAGGACACUCGUGAGGAGGACAUAAUUGAACAUAUUAUGGCUAAAACGCAAGUGUGUGUAUCGUUGGAGAGAAUUGACAUUAAAAAAGAAACAAAUCAUAAAGCGUACAAGUUCUUUGUCUGUCCGGGUAAAUUGCCUUUAUUUUUAGACAAAAGUAUAUGGCCUAAAGGAAUAAUCUUUCGCAAAUUUGUACAUUUCAAAUACAGAUAUUCGAUCGGCGAAAACUCUGAACACGGCAAUAAAAACACAAAACCUCCUUUGGCCUAG